UCGCAUCCAGAGAUAGCUACCGAAAUGACCAAGUUUGUGGCUAAGAAAGCACUUCUCCUGUUCACCCUGCUAGUCCUGGGUACGGUCCAAGCCAAGCCACUGGAUCGGGAACAGGAUCUGAAUCAGGAUCAGCAUGUGCGAAAGGAGCGCCAGUUGAAGAUGGCCGGCUCAACGGAUGCGGAUGUCAAGAUGGUGGCCAAUGUGACUCCGGCUGCCGCUUCUCAACCCAUGGGAUUACCGAUGAACCAGAUGGCCCUGAACUCCGUGGGUGGCCAGUUGGUGAGGUAUCCCAACUAUCCUGGCCUGAUUUACUCCGGCAUUGCUCCGGCACCUGGAAUAAAUGGCAUUCCCGGCCUGCAGACGAACAUUGCCAACAACUAUCCCUCGUAUCCGGAUCCCAACCUGGCAGGAUCUGCUCCAGGCUUCAACCCCUUCGGCUCCUUCGGCUAUCCCGGCGUGCCACAGAUGUACGGCAACCCCCUGAUGUAUCCCAAUCCCCAGCUGCCCAAUGGAUUUGUGCCCAACCCAGCGGUGGAUAACUACCAAUCGCUAAACAGCAUUGUCAACAUGGCCAAUGCUCAAGGAUUGGGUGGCGGAAAUACUGGCUUGUAUCCAGCACCUCAGGGAUUCGGUGGUGUUAACUCGGGACUGUAUCCUGCCCCCCAGGGAUUCGGUGGAGCCAACUCUGGACUGUAUCCAGUUCCACAGGCCAAUAUGCAGGGUCUCUAUCCACCACCCGGUGGCUUCUUGGAGCGCAUGAACAUGCAGGCCUAUGCCCCCGGCUUUUAAAUGAGUACCACAACUCACUAUUUAAUAAGAUAAUUUAUUUUAUUUAUUUCGCAAAAUACAAGCACAUUUAAUCAGAAAA